AUGUAUUAUACUUCUAAUAUUCAACACCUUGCUGCUAUUAAUAAUACAAAUCCCAUAAACAUUUCUACAUCUUAUCUACCAUUAAUAAAUCAACCUUCAAAUUCAAUUAUUCAUCCAAGACAAGCACGAAAAAUUGAACAAUUUUUUGGUAGAGAAGAAAUGCUUCGUUAUUUUCUUAGUUUAUUAAAUUAUGAUGAAUAUAGUUCAAUACUUGAACAAGAAAAAAUAGAUUUCUGUGAAUUACCAUUUAUAGAUGAAAGAAAAUUACAAGGUCUUGGUAUACCAUAUGGUCCUUCUAUUCGAAUUAUACACGAAGCACAACAAUAUUUUACAUCACUUUUAACAUUAAAAUCGAAUGGAAUUUAUGUAUAA